GCGGCGUGGUGGCAGCUCGGAGCAGGCCCCGGCAGUCUGAGACCCGAGACCCGACCGGCACCAGGCCUCGCCCGGCGAGCUGCCGCCAGGUCCACCAGCUCGGCUCUGUUGACGUCGGCAAGGAUCGCCGUGAAGAAGCCACCUGAAUCGGACACACAUACAGGACGAGUACUGCGCGUGACGAGCGGCACAAUCUGCAGUGAGUGUAGUGGCUGCCGCCGAGACCGAGGGAUGAGGCCUGGCCCGCUCUUGAGGAGAGGUAUGCUGUCCGACGUCUCGACCAGCAGCAGGACCAGGACUACCAGGACCACCGCCAGAGCAGCAGGCUCACGGGCGAUGCCCGACAGCUGCUGAGGAGGAUCGCAGCGACCGCAGCCAGCCGCGCAGUGCAGAGCAAGUCGGCGCUGCCCAACCCAACGGCUCCAAACCCUAGACCAGGGGGUGUGUGACUCGUGCUCGAAACUUUGACCCCGCCGCCACCAUGACGCGUGCGGACCUGGACACCAUUCUGCUGCAGCUGGGCGACUUCGGCCGCUUCCAGUUCGCCAACUAUGUGGCCAUCAGUUUCCCCAUCCUCUUCUCUGCCAUCUACACGCUGACGUACGUCUUCACGGCCAAGGACCUCGAGUACAGGUGUCGCGUGCCCGAGUGCGAGGGCGCGGCCGGCCCGCUGGGCGACAAGGGGCUGGUGCAGUACCUACCCGACUGGCUGGUGCACGCCGUGCCGCACGACGGCGGCGGCCAGCCCAGCGCCUGCCACCGCUACGCCCCGCACACCUGGAAUGGGUCCUCGGUCGCCGGGGGCUGCUCCGCCGACCUCUUCAACAAGGAGGUGGUGCGCUGCCAGGACUGGGUCUUCGAGCCCGGCCAGAUGAACUCCAUCGCCAGCGAGUGGAAUAUAACAUGUGACGAGAACAAGUGGCAGCUCUCCAUUGUAGGCACCGUCAACAACAUCGGGCUGUUCGCCGGACUGCCGUUUGCCGGGUUCUGGUCUGAUCGGUACGGGCGGAAGAGCCUACUCUUUUAUUCGUGGGCCGUCACGUGCUGCAUGGGCAUCAUCCGCUCCUUCUCCACCAACCUCGGCAUGAUGCUGACUUUUGAAUUCCUCGAUGCCUUUUUCGGUGCGGGUGUGUUCAGUGCUGGCUUCAUUCUCGCGCUCGAGUUUGUCGGCCCGGACAAGCGGGUGAUGGCGGGCACCGUGCUGAACCUCUUCUACUCGGCGGGCCAGGUGGUGCUGGGCGCCGUCGCCUGGGCGGUGUUUGACUGGCGAUGGAUGCUCCGCUCCAUCUACGUGCCCGGCUUCCUUUGCUUGCUGCUCCUGUGGCCCACCCCAGAGUCCGUGAGGUGGUUGGCGUCCAAGGGGCGGUAUGCUGAGGCUGACUCCAUCAUCCGGAAGGUUGCCAAGUUCAAUCGGAUCACCAUAAACGAGGCGCUCGAGGAUCGCGUCGAUCUGGUCCAGGUCAAGGGGGAGGACACGGUUAAACAAACUGAUGCGGAGAAGGGGCUUCUGGGCAAGAGCAGAAAGAUCAGCCGCGAGGAAAAGUCCAAGGGCUGCCUGGCCGAAGGCAGUACCAUCUCGAACCUGCUGGCCACAUUCAAGUCGAGCAGGCUGCUCGUGAGGUUCAUCAACUGCUCGUACUGCUGGAUGGCCAACACUUUCGUGUACUACGGCUUGUCGCUCAAUUCCGUGUCGAUGGCAGGCAAUGACUACCUCAACUUCAUCCUGGUCACAUUGAUCGAGUUGCCGGCGCUGUUGGCGCAACUAUGGCUCAUGGGCGUGUUUGGGCGCAGGGCCUGCUUAUCAAGCACCAUGAUCAUUGCCGGCGCAUGCUGCAUCUCCUUCCUCGCUAUACCAGAGGGCUACCUGUACACCAGGCUUACUAUGUUCAUGAUUGGAAAGUUUGCCAUCACAAUCUCCUUCGCCGUGGUGUAUGUCUACACGGCCGAGCUCUUCCCCACCAACGUGCGCCACUCGCUGCUGGGUUACUGUUCCAUGUUCGGCCGGAUAGGGUCCAUGCUUGCCCCACAGACACCUCUGCUGGCGACCAUAAAUGAGAGUCUUCCGUUAACACUGUUCGCUGUCUCAUCUAUAGUUGGAGGGUUCUUCUCACUCUUCUUCCCUGAAACCAAAGACAAGUCUCUGCCAGACUCCAUCAAGGAGGCUGAGGAGAUUGGCAAUGCAAGUCACUAACUGUACUGUUCUAUGUUUGACCUUAAGGCUAAUAGUAUAAAAUUUUGUCCCAUAUCAUUCAUAUCUGUUGAAGUUCAAUUGCAAUGCUCUAAAAGAAGUUAUGAAUUUGGCAAUGCACCACUACUGCUCCAUUCGCCCAACAGUAUUUCAACAAAUAAGGCUGUGUGACUAGUGGUUAGUUCUCACUUGAUAUAUGAAAUAAUUAUUUAUAUUUGAGAGACAUUCCAUGAUGUUAUUGUACUCCUGUACUUCUAGUUUAAUAUUCACUGUGUACUCCAUCGGCUGAAUUUACCUUUCCACUGUCUUUUCAACAAAGAACACUUCAUUAUGAAUUUUUUAAUGAGUUUUAUAAAUGUUAAUGUUUAAGAAAAUAAAUUGUAGAUUUUUUUACAUUUAAGUUUUUCUUUUCCAGUGAUAAUUAUGUCACAUAAUGUAAGGAGAGAUUUUACAUGUAUUGAAUGUUAGGACACUUGUCAUAAUGUUUUGUGAUAAUGACGUACUUUAAGAUUAUUUCACUGUGCCAAAAUUGGUGUUUAUUUAUUCAAAUAAAGUAAUAAGAAAACUGA